AUGAAGACUUCAACGAUUGUCACGAUAUCCGUCGGGACUGUCGUAUCAGGAUUGCUUGCAUAUGCAGUUUAUUUCGAUUACAAGCGAAGAAAUGAUCCCGAGUUCCGAAAAGCUUUGAAAAGAGAAUCACGGAGGCAGGCCAGAUUAGCGAAGGAAGAGGCCGAAAUCCAAGGCAAAAAGCAAAGAGACGAAGUCAAGAGAGUAGUCCAAGAGGCUAUCGAAGAGGGUUUCCCGACCGACAUCGAGGAGAAGGAGGCCUUCUUCAUGCAACAGAUUGCUCAGGGCGAGGCCUUAGCUGGUGACGGUUCGGAUCCGGUUGGCGCUGCUCUCUGCUUCUACAAAGGCCUGAAGGUCUACCCCGAACCCUCGUCACUUAUCGGCAUCUACGAUAACACCGUCCCAAAAGACAUCCUCGAGAUCCUGGCAGUCAUGGUAGCCCAGGACAAGAACUUAAAAGUGGGUUCUUUUGGUGCCAGCAAUGAGGGAGCAUCCGACAGCGGACCGGGCGUUGAAUAG